AUGAGAUUAGGUAUAGGAGGAUUUGGUAUUAUUUGCAUAAUAAAUGUAGUAUUUAGCUUGGUAAAAAAGGGAAGAUGUGUUCGCCUAAAUUAUUCAGGUAGAAAUGGAAAGCAAGUGCCUCGUGAAGUUUUCGAUAGUAUGAUGAGGGGAGACAGGAUCAUAGAGCUCAAUAUCAGCGGAAACAAAAUAAAUGUUCUACCGGCAUACUUCGAGAAUCUUUCAUUCAUGAAAGUACUUGAUGUUAGCAACAAUGAGCUGAAGUUUUUAUCUAGUUCAAUAGCCGGAAUGCCAUUUCUAGUAAGUCUAAAUCUCAACAGCAAUGACCUUACCUUUCUUCCGGAAGAAAUAACAGAAUUGAAGUAUCUGGAAAAUUUAAGCAUCAGAGAUAACCAAUUGCAAGAGUUGCCCGAAAAAAUGGACGACAUAGCCAGUCUGGUUAAUUUAGACCUUGCAAACAAUAAGCUUGAAGACCUGCCUUUUGGAAUAGGUGGAGUUGAAAACCUGAAAAGACUGGACCUCGAAGGAAAUUUGUUUGAUACACUUCCUCCAAUACUUGGGUAUCUGGAAAACAUAGAAGAAAUCAUUUUCACUAAGAACAGAAGAUUAGGAGAAAUUCCAAGAAAGUUGGUUCAGAUGCUUGCAAACAGCAAAACCUUGCUUCUAUUGGACAUGCGGAAUAAUAAUCGUCUAAGAGAAGAAAGCACCAAGGAUAAUGUUGGAUGGAGGGAACUAAGGGAAAUUUUUGGGAGUAAAAUAAGACUUUCACAAGACGAGGAGGCCUAUUAA